CAAGAUCGUCGAAGAUCUUCAAGCCCGAUUGAAUGAGAUCCAUCGUUGCCAACUCUACCCGGCCGUCGCCGAAUGUUCGAGCAUAACUACUCCAUCUGCAGUGAUGGCACGGUCGCGCAAGCCCACGUUGUCGCCGACCGUAAGAUCACGCUCUUGUCAAUGUCAUCGCCCGUUUCUUGUCCGCCGAGACGGCAAGGGAGUAGUGUUUCAUCGCAGUGGAGGGUCUGAGGGAGGUCGUUGUUGCUGUCGCGAUGCUCGUUGGAGCUACUGGGAGUGUGUCCCAAGUCUCUCCUUUGCCACCGCCAUGCAAGCUGGACCUUGUGAUACCCGUUUCUUUGGUUCUAGUAAAGGGUCAGGGCAGGAUGAGGAAACGGCGGGGCCCAUCUGUUUUCGUCCGAGGAUGAUGAAUAGGUGGACACCUGAGAUCCGGAACGCUCUACCCUUUCUUCGUCGCAUCUUCUUUGACAUCCGCUUACAGUUCCAGCGCUCGAUUGCGAUCCCCGACUUCCGCUCAACAACUAUGCCCCUACGUUUUACGAGAUUGCGAACGGCUCUGUCGACUACCUACAUCCCGUUCCAUCGUACCUCCGACCGGAUCCACGAACUCCACUCAUACUAUUCCCAGUGCUUCUCACUCUAUACUUCUGAUUAUUUUCGUCUCGCAAGAGAACCUCAAGUAGAGAGAUAUAACGACGGAAGUCAUGGGAAAGAAUAUUGAGCGAGAGAGGCUGUCAACGUGCAGGAAGACACCUUACUGGCUCAUGUCACGGGGUGUCGCGGGAUGCAUCCUCCCGC